AUGUACCGUCGCUCUCUCACUCCCGUCGCUCUCUCGCUUCCGUCGCGCUCUCACUACCAUCGAUCUCUCACGCCCGCAACGCUCUCACUCCGUCGCUCUCUCACUCCCGUCGCUCUCUCAUUCCCGUCGCUCUCUCACUCCCGUCGCUCUCUCAUUCCCGUCGCUCUCUCACUCCCGUCGCUCUCUCACUCCCGUCGCUCUCUCACUCCCGUCGCUCUCUCACUUCCGUCGCUCUCUCACUCCCGUCUCGCUCUCACUCCCGUCACCCACGCACGUCGCUCGCACAUGUCGCUCAUAUCUGCUCCUUCCCCCCUCUUCCCCCUUGCGCCCUUCCCCGUUCCUCCUCUUCCCAUCUUCCUUUGUCACUCACACACGUCACACACGACAUGCUCACACAUGUUCCCAUCUCCCCUCUCCUCCCUUCCCUCUCCGCUGCUCUCCUCCUUUCCCUCUCUGUCCCCCUCCUUCCCUUCUCUGUCUUCGCCUCGCCGCCCUCCCACUCAUCCCCUCUCCUUCCUUUCCCUCUCAGCCCCUCUCCUCCUUUCCCUCUCAGCCCCUCUCCUCUUUUCCCUCUCAGUCCCUCUCUUCCUUUACCUCUCUCCCGUUUUCUCCCUUUAUCUCUCCUCUGCCCGCUCUGCCCUUUCCUCUACCUUCCCUAUCCUUAUGUCCACCAACAUGCCCUUUGAUGAGCUCGCCACGUUUCUCCCUCCCUGUUUCUUGUUCUUCACUCCGUUUCCCCCAUUGUCCUUCCCUAUCUUUCCCCCCGGUCAUUCCCUCCAUCUCACUUAUUGUCACUGCCUCCCUUUCCCAUUGUCCUCUCCUCCGUUUCGCCCCUUUUUCCUUCCAACCUUUUCCCAUGUCCUUCCUUCCCUCUCCCUCCCUUUCCCCCCUGUUCUGCCCUCCCAGUUGCUGGUGUCUCCCUCCCUUUCGCCCAAGUCCUUCCCUCCGUUUCCCCCCUUGUUCGUUGCUCCGUAUCCCCGUGUGCUGGAUCCGUUUCUCCUCUUGUCUCCAUCUUUUUCCCUUUCAGCAGCUCCCGCCCCUCCGAUUUCCCCCCUGAUAGGGUUCCUGCCGGCGGCAGCAGCAGCCAACCUCACAGAGGAAGUGGUGGUUCGCUUUGACUGCCUUUCCAACGCUCGAGAGCUCUCACGCCCACGACCACAGGCACACCACACACCCCUGACACUGAGGUAG